ACUUCUACCUACCCUGACUUGAAAAAACAAACACGUUUAAACUUUUGCACAGAUGAGAAACUUCACAAUCUUGCAAGUUAAAUUGUUGGAAUAAGAUCAAAGAUUUCUAUUCCACUUCCCUCUCCAGCUCCGGUUCAGCAGCCGGCGGUGCAGCUGUUGCUGUCAGUCACUGUUACUGCUUCAUGCACUUUGAGUUUAAGCAUGCCCAGAAAGAGCUUGAGAUAUCGGGUACAGUGAGCCUCGGUGUGGGAGUCCUGGACAAGAAAUUGGAAAACACUUUGUUUGUGUGAAACUUAAAACCACCGAAGGCAAUCGUUAACAAUCCUAGGGAUCAGGAUCCACAGUGACCCAAAUUCAAAAGACUUCAGCCUUGAUUAUAAACCAAGGACUGCUUUGGCUGCUAUCAGAUCUCCUGCGUUGGACGUUCCUGUCCUGUUUCUUCCCUUAGUCAUGGAGAGACAGCAACCCAAGACCAUGGAGGAUCCCAAAAACAGACACAAAGAUGCCUGCAAAGCAGGUUCUGCUGUGGAUGCAGAACUAGCCAGCGCCAUAAUGGCACGGCAGUUUCACCCGCCUGUUACUGGUCCCGAGGUCUGGGAGGGAUACGUCUUUUCUGGUCUGGAGAUCCUCAUCAAAGAGUCCACAGACCUCUAUGGAGCUGUGCUCUGGCCCUCAGCCAUGGUGCUCUGUCACUUCUUGGAGAACAACCAAGACAAAUACAACCUGCUGGACAAAAAUGUGAUCGAACUGGGAGCUGGAACUGGGCUUGUUACCAUCGUGUCCAGCCUGUUAGGUGCUAAGGUGACCUCCACUGACCUACCUGAUGUGUUGGGGAAUCUCCAGUACAAUGUGACGCGUAACACCAAGGGCCGGUGCAAGUACACCCCUCUAGUCACUGAGCUGAUCUGGGGUCAGGAGUUGGAUCAGCGUUUCCCAUGUGCCACUCAUCGCUUCGACUACAUCCUGGCAGCUGACGUGGUGUACGCCCACCCUUACCUACAGGAGCUGAUGGACACCUUUGAAUACCUGUGCCAGGAAAACACUCAGAUCUUGUGGGCUAUGCGUUUCCGCCUGGAUCCGGAGAACAGCUUCGUGGAUCGCUUCCGGCAGUGUUUUCACUUAGAGGAGCUGUACGACCUUCCCAGUCUGAGUAUCAAGCUGUACCGAGCCUGGAGGAGGGACAGCACGACCAAGGACCUCAGAGAGGCUGCUAAACACUGAAGGAACUGGAUGGGUUUACUGUGUGUGUUUGUGUUUUUGCUCAGUCGAGCCUCUGAGGGUCACGUUGCUCAUAUCCAGUCUUCUCACAGCACUGGUGAUGUGGGAAAUAAUGUUUCUGACAACCCAGAGAUUUUCAAUAAGAGGCUAUGUGACUUCAUGUGUGCAGUGCGAUCAGGUUUUAUCACUGCUGGAAGGACUGGAGAAGCACACAUCUGUGUCUCGGACUGUUUAAAGGUUAAUAAAAUUACACACACUAAUGGUUCUUGUAUAAAAUAUCUUCUGGGGACCAUGAGGAAGGGGGAUGCAACUUGUUCUCUAUCACCAUCCUUGGGUCAGGCUUUAUAUUUUUGGGAUUAAAUGAUAGAAAACUGCAACCUUUACCUCCUUUUUUUGUUUUUGUUUUUAAUGUUUUCUAUUUUAAACUGUUUUAGAUUGAAAAUUAGCUGCUAUGAAAGUUAUUUCUUUGAAAAUUUAAAUAAAAAUAUGAACUCAUCAAGACUAUA